CUUGUUGUUGAUACCGGCAAGACCAGCCAGAUGAUGUCUGCUGGUUGGUAGUGAGAGGACUCGUAGUACCUGCAUACCCAAAAGAAAAGGAGGCGCUGAUUAAAAAACAAUCAUUUUAUUUUCUUACUCUCCCUUAGCAGCCAGCGGGAAAGGAGUCUAUCUAUCUGCCUAGCUUUGGUAGAUUUCCCCCAACGCAAUCCAUAGAAAUUCCACGAAUCCCUUGGUGGAUAAGUCCGACGACUCAGCAGCAGUGCGGAAUUGAGUUUCUCGUCUGGUGGAUCUGAUCUUUAGGGGGCAAUACAUACCAAAAGGUGCUUUAGUGAUCUUUGAUGGUCUGAACAAGGAACUCUGUGUGGGGAUCCAUCUUGUUGUUAUUCGCAUUGUUCACGUCAGAAAUCAGGGUGGUUGUUCUGCGCUUUAUAUUUAAAGCAAGCAGCUUCAUCCUUGAUGAUGGCCUAUGGUGGUGAUGAAUUCGUUCAUCCUGACAAUGCGGUACCAGUUUCUCUCACUCGGUCCGGUUACCCUCGGAUCAUUCCGUCUCAUCAUAGGCGUAUGAUUCUGAAGAAGGAUGAGAAAGCGGACAUGCUGGUGAAGUUUUAUUAAAAAAGAUUCUCUCUGUCAAAGAUCAUUACUUUGGCAAAGAAGGUUGAUAAAUCAACGUUUUCUAGUAGAAUAUCCCCACCCGAUAAUAUUGACGAGGUGGUGGGGCUGGUUGGUUCGAUUAAGGAAAACUUUCAUCGACUUAUCAGUCGCUAUGCUCCCUGGAUAAAACGUAUACCCCUUGAAUUGAACAAGGGUUACGGUUUGAACCAACCUGGAAAGCCUUGCCGACACACUCAUUGACGAAAAGGGUGUGGGUUGAGAGAAGGAAACUUCCAACUCGUAAGAUUCAGAACUUUCGCUCUUCAUUCACAUCGUUUUCUCAUGAGUUGGGCGCUUUUCAAUGGCUGUUGGUCGUUGGGCACUCACAGGGUACCCAAUGGUCACAUGGCUGCUUGUGGCCUCCCCGUAUUCGUUACGCCUUUGAUGUGAGGAAUAAAACCUUCACACCCGAGGAUUUUGAUUGGUUUGAGCGCCGUAUAGGGCCCUUUCUACCAUCCUGCGACGGGGAUCCCCGCAAUCACAGGCAAACUAGGUUGCACGUGUGAGGGUGCUCUGGCAAGCGUCGUAUAUUCGCAAUAGGAAACUAUGUGAAUCAGAGGGAAACCCAUCCACCAUUGGUUUGCGGAGGUCCUCCGCCGCAUCCCAAUGGAUGAUCAAACAGCACCUCUCAUUCGUUUAGUUCCUAGUAAAACAUGUUUCAGCUAUGACCUCAAGAGUGCUACCGAUAGGUGGCCUCCUGUGUUUAUGUUUGAAACGCUUGCGCUAUUGUUUGACAGGUCAUUUGCUUCAAGUGUUGUGAAUACAACAUUAGGGACGAAUCUAUUUGAGGUACCCUUCGUUAAGAGGGCUCUGUCUCAAGUCUCCUUUGUGACCGGUCAACCGUUAGUCCCUUAUGGUUAUUGGCCUUUGUUCGCGUUCACCCAUCAUGUUUUGGUGUGGUGGGCUGCGGAACAGGUUAGACCUGGGAUCCUGUUCGACAGGUAUGCUAUAUUAGGUGAUGAUGUUCUCAUCACCGAUCCACUUGUGGCGGAACAGUACCGGCUAGGCUUACAACGGCUUGGUGUGAAGAUAUCCACACACAAGUCUUUGAUAUCCUCAACUGGUGCUGUAGAGUUUGCCAAAGAAUUUCUGGUCAAGGAUAUGAGGGUUAACCUCUCUCCUGUGUCCAUGAAAGGAAUGAUGACACCAUUACUUUUGGCCCCUGAUGUUUCAACUUUGUGCAAAUUCUGCCCCUACUCUAUUUUUGUUUGCGCAUUUAGUCUUUAG